AUGGGAAAAGUUCACGGAUCUCUUGCCCGCGCUGGUAAAGUCAAGUCGCAGACCCCCAAGGUCGAUAAGCAGGAGAAGAAAAAGACCCCCAAGGGUCGUGCCAAGAAGCGCAUUCUCUAUAACAGGCGCUUCGUGAACGUCACCACACUGCCUGGCGGCAAGAGAAAGAUGAACCCCAACCCCGAGAAGUAA